CUUUGCGGUCAAUGAUGGCCUGACGGGGCGUUUUCGGCUUGAGGGACUCGACCGCUGUGACUGCCGACGCCGCUGGCCGUCUGGGGCCGCCCGCCGCGCAAAGACCAUGUUGCCCCGCCAUCUGCCUCCUCCGCGCCAACGUCACUGGCCAGCUCCUGCGACACUUGCUCAGCGACUCCAAAUACCGAGUCGCGCUGCCAGGAGGAUCAUCGUCGACCGCCAUGAUCGCGGAUGUCGAGAGCGGCUCUCGAGUCGCGAGAGGGGUUCGCCCCUACUAAAGUCUUCUUUUCCAUCGUCAGGGGCCAUUUGCACGCUGCUGUCGACGAUCCCCUCUAUCUGCAGCCCAGCCAAUACCCCUUUCGAGCGCCUCACAGUUGUCUCGCGUCGCGCGUCUCGCCACCAUGUCUAAUAGCAAGCCUCAGUAUCACGUUGCCAUCAUCGGCGCCGGCCUAGGCGGGCUCGCUGCGGCCAUUGGCAUCGCGAGGGCCCGUCACAAGGUUACUGUCAUCGAGCAAGCACCCGUGCUCGGCGAGGUGAGUGUGCGACAAAGGCCUCGAGGGAUCUGCAAGCCGCGGUCGUGACACGGCCGGCCAUGCCUG